AACUGUCCGACAGUGCGUCGAGUGCGUGUCUUGCGAGGAGUCGAUCUCCCGUAACGAGUUACCUUCGAUCUUGAAACCUAUCCCACCAUCGCGUUUCCUAUAAAAGAUGUCACAGAGGGGUCAGGAUGCCAGUGCCACGUGCGAAAACGACAUGUCCACGUCGAAAAGUAGCUCGUUGUUACGAUUGAACCAGGAGAGCCGGCGUGCGUCGGGCGAUUGGCAGGAUCAGGACACGGAUUCCGAGAUCAGCGAGACCGAUUUCCUCACGAAGGGCGCCUUCCUGUUGACGCCCAGCCACGAGCUCAGCAUCGAGAAAGCUGCCACCAUUUGCGAGAAGAUGAAUUUUCGUGGAAUGUUCUCCCUGACCAAGACGGCUACCGGUAUACUCUUCAAGUUCAGCAACAUCGACGAUUUUCAGGCGGUCUAUAAAAAGGGGUUCCACAAAGUCACGGGGGCGCGGUUCUACAAGAAGGUGGCCAUACCUUGCAGACCGGCCAAGACGUUCACCGUCUACGUUCUGGACGUACCCGAAGAAUUGCCAGAAGAGGAUAUCAGGCACGCUCUCUACAAGUACCGGUCCAUAGUCGAAGUGACGCGGCUACCUCUCAACACGGGCACCGUCCUGAAAGCGAUCAACGACAAGUUGAAAAGCGAGGCCCACAACCAGAACGAGCCAGCGACGAUUUAUACGGGGCCACCCGUUAUAAGGGUGACCCUGGCCAGCGUGGAGGAGACCUCGACGUUGCUCAGCCGCGGUCUCGAUUUUUAUGGGGCCACAUAUUUCCCCACCGAAACGCCCCAUCCGGCUGCUCAACCCCUGGCCAAAUACAAAAACAACAGAUGGCUCGAGUUGGCAGCCAUCGGCGCUGGACAAAGAGUCAGGGACCUACUUCCGGUCUUCGACAACGCGGGCUUCAACAAAUUACCACCCCCGGCCAGUCGGAUGAUAAAACCGCAAAAAAACUGACGUUUCCCUCGACUUCUUUCAUCCCCACUUCGAUAUUCCGCGGGAUUUCUGUGUUUGAAGAUCUCCAGCCUCGGAGUUUCAUCACACUUCAGACUGAAGAUCGAUUUCAGGGGAUUAAGAAUGGUUUUAAUUACAGCCAACUGAAAAUUAUUCGUUGAUGAUGAGAGAGAGAGAGAGAGAGAGAGAACCGAAACGUUGGUGCAACAUUUUUGUUAAUUUAAUAAUCCUUUCAUGAGUAUAGCAGAAUGUCAAUGGAACGAAGGUAUAUUUAUUUUAAAAAGUUGAAUGAAAAAAGUAAUUUGUAAUCAUAGCUUGUUAAAUUAUUCUUUCAUGUGGAAAAUGUUCUUUUUAAUUUUAAUUUCUUCGUGUUUGGUAAGUUUAAAAGUAGUUAUAUUCUGAGAUUAUAAUAUUAUAUAAUGUUAACUAUAAUACGAUGAGGAGAAUUAUAAUACUGUAUUUGAUGGGUUGCCUAAGUUUCUCUUGUACUCUACUG